CAAUAAUAAAAUACCCGGAAAGUUAUUUUAUAUUUUUCUGUUUUUAUACAACCUCACGAAUAUAUUGUAAAAUGUUUAUUACGGACAUAAGAAAGGAAUUCUACGACGUUGUUGUGAACCAGAGAGUUGCCCUCCUAGUGUCAUCUGAUAUCGAUGCACUCUGCGCCUGUAAGAUAUUACAGGCACUGUUUCACUGUGACCAGGUCCAGUACACCUUGGUGCCAGUGACAGGUUGGCAAGACCUUGGUACCGCCUUCUUAGAGCACAAGGAGCAGUUCCGCUAUUUUGUCCUGAUCAACUGUGGGGCCAAUGUUGAUCUCCUGGAGACCCUUCAGCCAGAGGAAGACUCUAUCUUCUUCAUCUGUGACACACACAGACCUGUGGAUGUAGUCAAUGUCUACAAUGACACCCAGGUGAAGCUGAUGAUAAAGCAGGAUGAUGACCUUGGAGUGCCCUCCUAUGAUGACAUCUUCCGCGAUGAAGAGGAGGAAGGCGGCGAUGACUCUGGGAAUGAGAGUGACGGAGGCUCUGAGCCUUCUGGGAAACGGAGGCGAUACGAUGAGGGGGAAGUGGAGAGGAGGAUUGAGCGACAGAGAGCAACAAGAGAGUGGGAGGGAAGGAGACGUGAGAUCCUGUUUGACUAUGAGCAAUAUGAAUACCAUGGGACUUCGGCUGCAAUGGUGAUAUUUGAGCUGGCAUGGGUCCUGACUAAGGACACUAAAGAUAUGCUGUGGUGGGCCAUCAUUGGGCUGACUGACCAGUGGGUUCAUGAUAAAAUCACUCAUAUGAAGUAUGUAACAGACAUCGCUACUCUGCAGCGCCACGUCUCACGUCACAACCACCGGAACGAGGAUGAGGAUAAUUCUCUCUCUAUCGACUGCAUGAGGAUCUCCUUCGAGUACGAUCUGCGUCUGGCCCUGUACCAGCACUGGUCUCUGUUUGAGAGUAUCUGUAACUCCUCUUACACCUCUUGCAACUUUAAGCUCUGGUCAAUGCAUGGCCAGAAGAAACUCCAGGAGUUCCUCGCUGACAUGGGCCUGCCCCUGAAGCAGGUGAAGCAGAAGUUCAACUCCAUGGACAUGUCAGUCAAAGAAAACCUGCGAGAAGUUAUAGAAGAAUCCUCCAACAAAUACGGUAUGAAGGACAUCCGUAUCCAGACUUUCGGCGUUCACUUUGGCUUCAAGAACCGUUUCCUGGCCAGUGAUGUGGUGCACGCUGCUGCCGCCCUGCUGGAGAGCACUGAGAAGGACGACAGCCCCGGCGACAACUUUAUCAAGGCCCUCGACUGCCUCUCCAGGAGUAACCUGGAGCGUCUCCAUGGUGGCAUUGAUUUGGCUAAGAAGAAGCUGAUGGCCAUCCAACAGACUGUAGCCAGUUGCAUCUGCACCAACCUCAUACUGUCACAGGGACCCUUCCUCUACUGCUACCUCUUGGAGGGAACUCCUGAUGUGAAGCUGUUCUCCAAGCCCAUGGCCUUGACCCUGCUCUGCAAGUACCUGCUCAAAGCCUUUGUACGCUCUACGAGGAAUAAGAGAUGUAAGCUGCUGCCCUUGAUCAUAGCUGCUCCCAUGGAUGUGGAGAAGAGAACUGUCAUCGUUCUAGGCAUCCCACCUGAGUCUGAGACAUCCGACAAGAAGAAUUUCUUUGGCCGUGCGUUUGAGAAAGCAGCAGAGAGCACCAGCUCCAGAACUCUCCACGACCACUUCGACACCUCUAUCAUUGAGCUAAAGAUGGAGGACAGGACUAAGUUUCUGGAUGCCCUCAUCACCCUGCUGUCCUAAGGAGUGAGCUAACUAAGACACACUGAUGUAUGGAUAAAGUUCCUGAAAUUCACAUGUGAAAUCUGUAGAUGCUGGAAGAGACUGUAUGACAUUACAACUAGGGUCAUGCCCAAUGUGAUGGAGAAACUCUAUUUUGUGCUUCACCUGUUUUGGCCAAAGAAGAGUAUUUUUCAAUGUUUUGUAUUUUCACUUCAGGACACUUUGUGAUGCCUAUAUGUAUAUUGUACUGUUUUUCUGUAAGUGUAUUGUGAGGGUUUGUGUUUUUAAUCUCAUGUAAAUACAUUUUUCUGUUGUCUUUGUUUUUUUAAUGUUUCAUGUAACACAUUAAAUGAUAUUUUAUCGAUGUAUAA